GUAUUUGAGUUCAUCUCAAGUAUGCAAUAAAUGCAAACCAUUGCCUCAUUGAAUGACACAUAGAGUGACGUAAUGUUAUGUUUACAAUGUAUUGUCAAAUGUAUUGCUAUUGAAAUGAUUGAAUGAAUACUAAACUUAUUUGAUUUGAUUUGAUUUAAUAAAUUAAUUAAUUAAAUAAAUGAAUCAAUGAUUGAAUCAAUGAAUUCAAUUGAAAAGCAAAACCAAUACAAGUGUCACAUCAUUUGGCAACAAAUCAUUGCCAUCGAUGUCCGAUAUAAUGCCUUCAGAAACGCCAACAUCAAGAUAUUAUAUAUAAAGCGAAGAAAUCAGAUCCUCAGAGAGAUAUCCAAACAAGAGUUGAAUUCAUUUCGUAAACAAUAUAUAAAACUCAGGACACAAUUAUUGAGCCAAAGAUAUGGAGUCAAAUGGGAUCAGUCAUCCCGAAAUCGAUAUGUAAGAAGUAAUAGUAACAGUCGUUUGACAUCUGAAGACUCGAUGGAGUCGAGACCCAGUCGUCAAUUGUUUUCAGUGUUUGAUCCCAAUAUCAGCAAUAUUUACGAUCGAUUGAUACCAGACUUUGAGUUAGACUCGACUCGAAAUAAUGUGAUGAAUGCCUUUUCGGAGAACUAUUCGUUUUCAGGAAUGCAUCACAUCUUUGAUCAGCACAAAGAAGCCGUCACUUCGAUCCGAUUCGCCAACGAUGACAAGUCAUUGCUUUGUUGUGCAUCUAUGGACUCGACUUUAUCUAUAUGUCAAUUAACUCCAUCCCCAGCAACCAUAUUAUAUAUCUUAAAAGGACAUAAAGCAGGAGUCGUUGAUUUUGAAUGGUCUCUAUCUAAUGAUCUAAUAGUCAGUUGUUCUUUAGAUGGAACCGUAAAGUUAUGGGGAGCGGCUUCUGGUUAUUGUUUGCGCACAAUUGAAGAUCCCUACGGUUUACCAGUAAUGGCCUGUAGUUUCCAUCCUUACAAUAAUAAUAUGGUGGUUACGGCCAAUUCAAAAGGUUAUCUUCAAGUCCUCAAUGUGUCGACCGGUAUCUACACAAAGGGGGGUAUGUUUAAGAGCAGUGAUGAACAUAAUUGCAUUUUGUGUCUAUGUUUUGACAUAACCGGUCAAACGCUUUGGGUCGGCGACUCUAAAGGCUUUAUAUCAUCAUUUAUAUUUGAGAUGAAAACAUGUCGUCUUAUAUUAUUUAACAAAGUGAUAGUAGUGGCCGGAUGUGCCAUCACUUCUAUAUCUAACCGAUGUGUUUCUGGUUCUACUAAUAGUGAUCCUUUGCUAUUAGUCAACAGUGCGUGUAAUGCCUUAUUGUUAUUUAAAGUAAACCGAAGUGAAUCUAAUUUGGAAAUAACUCAAAGCUUUUCAAUAAAACACCAAAAUCGGGAACUAAUGAUUCGAAGUUCCUUUUGUCCAAUUAUCUCAAAUCGACACGGAUUUUGUGUGGUCACCGGAUGUGAAGACACUUGUGUCCAUUUCUUUACUGUUGAAGACAACUAUUGUAAAAGCAAAUGCGUUAAUAAACUUCAGGGACAUUCAGCACCAGUUUUAGACGUCUGUUUUAAUUAUGAUGAAAGUCUUUUAGCUUCAAGUGAUAGUAAAGGAAAUGUCAUUAUUUGGAAAAGAGAAACAUUUUAA